GCACUUAGCUAUAAGGCUUGGUGUUUAUCGGGAGACCGCAUUACAAAGUCAGCACCAGCUGUGACAACACUCCCGUCAGCAUCAUGGGCGUCAAAAUCAUCAUCGUGAUUUCUGCUGUGGUCAAUUUGGCCUUCGGCUAUAACUGUAACAGCGAGAUGGACAUAGCUGUAUGUGGGGCCAGUCUGAGCGGAUUUUCUGGUGAUCUUGAUGAAAUAACACAGUUUUGCACUGAUGCUGCUGCAGCCGAAGUCUGCGUUGAUGCUGUGAUCGCCGAAUGCCCCAACCUUUCCUCAAGUCAGUCAGCACAAUACAUCCGCAUGAUGCGCGGACAGUUGUCCUCCUUAUGUCCUUCCCCUGGAGCUGCAUCAUCUAGUUCCGGUUGUCAACCUGGAUACAUGAGCCGGAUCGUGGCUUGUGCUGGACCGCUGAAAUCUCUGAACAUGGACCCCACAAGUGAUGACUACACAGAGUCUUGCCAAAGUGCCAGAGAAGGUUUGAACUGCCUGGAGGAAGAGUUCAAUAACUGUUCAGACAAACAGGAUGUCCGGGGUAUAAUGUCCAUGAUGAACCCUGCCGCCUUGAGAGGCAUGCUCGGAAACUGUGGGCAGAAAAAGUGAGGCCAUCUGUCCAUCUCGACUACAGAAGCACCAUGGACAACUCGGAAACUUUAGAACGCAUAGCAUCAUGGGUCAAUUGAAAUAAAGGAGUAUUCCGUU